GUGACUCCUCAUCUCUUCGAAUCCAUGCAAUAUUACCGAUACUUCAACUAUUCACCAUCUUGGAAUACCUAUAACCACACAAGCCAUCCAACAACUUGCAAAUGUCUGAUGGGACUGCUAACCGCCCGGCCGAAGCUGCCGGAAGGGCUGAGGCUGAGGAUGAGGGUGAUACUGGCACUGUACACGGGCAUGUCAGGGUCUUACUACUUACGUUUGAAUUUAACGACUUGUACUUGGAUCAGGAAACCCAGGAUGUGCAAGCCGCUUUUGAACGCUUGAACUACGAUGUUGAAUCUUACAAUAUUCCCAUGCUGAGAUCUCAGAGAUGCGUACAAAAGAGAGUUGCUUCAUUUUUGCAAGAAGGAGAUAUGGACACAUUGACGAUAAUCUACUACCAUGGGCACGGGGCGUUUGAUGACGGAAAAGACUGGUGUGGAUUCAAAUUGAUCAGUCAUCAAGUCCCAGACCAAAGCAAGACCAUAUCUCUGAGGGAUAUUAUACGUACACUCUGGGAUGGAUUGAAUGUGGACGAUCCGAGGACCCGCGCGAGGAUCAGGGAAACAUACCAAAACUAUCAACGGAUUGCCUCCGUCAGAUGGGAAGAUAUACAGGACGACAUCAUUGACGCGGAAUGCGACACUUUGACCAUUCUCGACUGCUGCGGAGCAGGUCUGGCCGCAGUAUCUAACCUGGAAGAGGUCGUGGAACAAAAGUCUAAAUGGCAGAGGCUGCAAAGGCUUCAAUUCCAAGUAGAAGAUGGCCAUGAAUUUCACGGGACUCGGAACGAACUGAUCGCGGCAAGCACCUGGGCCGAAAGUACACCGGGCAUGGCUUCAGCAAUGAUAGAGGCGCUGGAGUGGAAUCUCGAGAGGGAAGGAUCCAUGGCCUCUGCGCCAACCAUCAUUCGGAAUAUGAACAACAUUCUGGCUGCAGAGUAUGUUUCUGACUGGAGACGGAAUGCCCCGUACGCUAUGCCACAGGCUGUGCAUUACAUCCUACGACGAACGUUGAGGCCGAAGAUACUUCUGGAAUUCCGAGCUCCAGCCCAGGCCCCAGAGGAGUAGCGGAAUGGAGAGAGAAAUGGGGAGCAGUACUACGAACCAUUCAACAUGGCAAGUCACAGAACAGGUCAUCAGAAAUAUGAGUAUGGGAUUCAACACUCCGACUCAGGCAUCUCUUAUUCAAUUCAGCAGAACACGGAUUUCAAGUAGUAUUAGCCAAUAUCAGUUAGGCUUAUGAAGGUGUGUUAGAACUCAUGGCUUUACCUGC